AUGAUUGCUCGCAGUCAGCAGCCCCUCCGAAAUAUUAAUGGGCAAGAUGGAUAUGAUCCUAAAGAGAAAGCUUUGAGGUCUAUUAAAGUUGAAGCUCCAAACUUUGAUGGCCAAUUGAAUGCAAAGGUAUGUUUGGAUUGGAUUUCAGACAUGGACCAUUAUUUUGAUUGGUAUGAAUUGUCAGAAGCUCGAAAGGUGCGCUUUGCAAAGAUGAAGUUGGUGGGCAAAGCGAGGGAAUGGUGGACUGGUUUGGAAAGGCGACUUGCAAAGGCAGGUGAAGAACCUGUUACAGAAUGGGAUGAGAUGAAAGAAAGGCUGAAGGAGAAGUAUGUUCUGUUGGCUUACCAACAACGUUUGUUGGACCAGUGGCAAUCUCUUCGUCAAGGAGGCAUGUCAGCUGUGGAGUAUAUCGAUAAGUUCGAAGAAUUUAUGGUGAGAUGUAACAUAACUGAAGAUCCAUCUGUAACCCUUGCUCGUUUCAGAACCGGCCUUCGUCCAGAACUUCAAAGGGAGUUGAUUCCUCAUGAGGUAUAUUCGUUGGAGCGAGCCUAUCAGAUUGUGCUGGAAUUGGAGCGUUAUUUAAAAAGUCCUACAACCCCUGUGCAAAGGCUGUUUGACCAACGGAAUCUAGAAUUUCGUCCUAGUGCUUCCGACACUAAAUCAUCUCCAUAUUCUAGUGGUUCUAAUGCUGCCAAUUCUCUGGUGAAAACUGAGAGGGGAAAGGGAGUACAAUCUAGCAAUCGGGGAGAAGGACUCGCACGGUGCUAUAAGUGUCAAGGUUAUGGCCAUUAUGCUGGUCAAUGCCCAACUAAAGAGCAAUUACGAAGUCUAUUUGCUGCUAGCACAGAAGGAGAGGCUGAUGUUCAAGUAGACCUAGAGGAAGAAGUUUAUGACCCUGAAAUCCCAGCUGAUGAUGAUUUAGAGGAAGAUGUUCAACCGAAAACGGCUGUGGUGAGAUGCACCUUGACUCAACCUAAGGAAGCUGAAGAUUGGCGGAGAACGACCAUUUUUCACACUUAUGUUAAAAGGGGAGACAAAAGUUAUAAGGUCAUCAUUGAUAAUGGGAGCUGCAUCAAUGUGGUUUCUCCUCAGACCGUUUCUAAAUUGGGUUUGACCCCUGCUAAUCAUCCUCAACCCUACCGUGUAGCAUGGAUUGAUAAGUCUUACAUUCCGGUAAAGCAGCGAUGUCAGGUACCCAUUCAAUUUUCAUCCUACAAGGAUACUGUUUGGUGCGAUGUGGUGCCAAUGGAUGUGGGACAUAUUCUUUUAGGCAGACCAUGGUUGUAUGACCUCGAUGUUACUACGGCGGGCCGUGCCAAUACAUGCCCUUUUAUUCAUGAAAGAAAACAUAUCAAACUGAAUCCAGUUCAGCCCAGACUUAUGUCUCAACCGAUACCAAGCAGGGAGCAAUCAAAAUCCAUUAACAUCAUCAGUGCCAGAGAUUUCGUGAAGGAGACAACAAGAGAUUAUGUAAUUUUUGUAUUGUUUGCAAAGGAAUCUCACCCUGAGGAUCUUCCGAAUGAACUUCCUCCUCUCCGAGAUAUUCAACAUGCAAUUGAUCUGGUUCCAGAAGCAACAUUACCUAAUUUACCACAUUAUCGGAUGAACCCAACCGAGCAUGCAGAAUUGAAGAGACAAAUUGAUGAACUUCUCGCAAAAGGAUUCAUUCGAGAGAGCCUUAGUCCAUGUGCUGUUCCUGCCCUCCUCACACCAAAGAAGGAUGGUUCUUGGAGGAUGUAUGUCGAUACUAGAGCCAUAAACAAAAUUACAAUCAAGUAUCGAUUUCCAAUAUCGAGACUUGAUGAUAUGCUGGACAUGAUGGCAAGAGCAACGAUCUUUUCUAAGAUUGAUUUGAGGAGUGGUUAUCACCAGAUCCGCAUCAGACCUGGAGAUGAAUGGAAAACUGCUUUCAAGACAAAGGAUGGCUUGUAUGAAUGGCUAGUCAUGCCAUUUGGGUUAACCAACGCUCCCAGCACAUUCAUGAGAGUUAUGACACAAGUUUUAAGGCCAUUCAUGGGUAAGUUCUUAGUUGUUUAUUUUGAUGACAUUCUAAUAUAUAGCACAUCCCAGGAAGAGCACCUUACUCACUUGAGGCAAGUCUGCAUAGCUCUUCGAAAAGAGAAGCUGUUUGCAAACCUUAAAAAGUGUUCAUUCAUGUCCAAUGAGGUUGUCUUUUUGGGAUUUGUUGUGUCGUCAAAAUGUGUUAAAGCUGAUUCGGAGAAAGUCAGAGCUAUUGCUGAAUGGGCUGAACCAAAAAAUAUUCAUGAGUGUGAGAAUUGGAGACAUUACUUGUUGCCACAAGAAAUUGUUUUGUUCUCUGAUCAUGAGGCCUUGUGUUACCUCAAUUCUCAGAAGAAGUUAAAUCCACGACAUGCAAAGUGGGCUGAAUUUAUCCAAGACUACACUUUUGUGUUGAAGCAUAAGUCUGGAGUGGAGAAUAAAGUGGCUGAUGCUCUUAGUCGCAGAAAUCUACUUUUACACUCUAUGAGUGUGGAGGUGGCUGGAUUUGAUAAUUUGAAUGAAGAGUAUUUGAGUUGUCCAGAUUUUGGAGGCAUAUAUUCAGCUCUCUUGGAAAAGCAGUCCAAAAGUGCUGAGUUUGUUCUACAAGAUGGGUUCCUAUUCAAAGGAACCAAACUUUGUAUUCCCUGCACGUCAGUGAGGGAUUUUCUGAUCUUAGAGCUACAUGCUGGUGGAAUUGUUGGGCAUUUUAGUAGAGACAAAACCAUUGCUCUUGUGGAGGAUCGUUUCUAUUGGCCUAGUCUCAAACGUGAUGUUGCUAAAGUUGUUGAAAGAUGCCCCAAGCUUUUCAUGGAAGAAGUUGUUCGGUUGCAUGGGUUGCCUAAAAGUAUAGUGUCUGAUCGUGAUGUUCGGUUCAUGAGUUAUUUUUGGAAGACCUUGUGGCACAUGAUGGGUACCAAACUCCAGUUUUCAUCUGCUUACCAUCCGCAAGCUGAUGGGCAAACUGAAGUAGUGAAUAGAAGCUUGGGAAACUUGCUGAGGUGUUUGGUUGGUGAGCAUAUCAGAUCCUGGAGUUUAGUCUUACCAGUUGUUGAGUUUGCUUAUAAUAAUUCAGUCAACCGGACUAUAGGUAUGAGUCCUUUUGAAGCUGCCUAUGGUCACAAUCCUACAGCGCCGAUAGAUCUCAUUCCUAUGGCCAUGUCACAGAGACCAUCACAGUCGGCCACUGAGUUUGCAACACAUAUCCAUGAGUUGCAUGCUGAGAUUAAUUGA